UGUUAUUCUUCGCCGUCUCAUCCACCUGUGAUCAGUCUCAAUCUAACGCACAUGUGCCAUGAUCCUAAUGAUCCCAAGUCAGGAAUGUACCCAAAGAUCUAUACUUUGCAACCAUCCUCAGUACUGUAAGAGCUAGUGCAAGCUUCACUGACACUUCACAAUCAAUACAAGGAGGGAUAGAAUAAUGUUCUAGCCGCUAGCGCGUAAUAUUCGUGGUAUAUGGAUUACCAAUUCACCUGACUGCUUUGCGGAGUAAUCUCAGCGUCGUCGCACCUGGCAGAGCCCUACAUUUAUCGUCACGACAAUGGAAGCCACUAGCACUCUGUCAACGACUGUAGUCGGUGAUGGAAUCCCAGUCUUAUUCAUUCACGGAUGGGAAAUGAACGGCGCCUCAGAGGCCUUUGACUACGAGCCAAUAUUCAGUACCCUCGACGGCUACAAACGGAUUUAUGUCGAUCUUCCUGGUAUGGGCUCGACGCCAGCCGACGGUAUCAGGAACUUAGACGACAUCUGGGCUCGACUCACAGACCUUGUCGACGCGCAAAUCGGAUCAUCCAGAUUCCUCGUUGUUGGUGCAUCGUGUGGUUCCUAUCUGGCGCGCGCUAUUGCACAGAGAUACACGACACAAAUCAAUGGUCUUCUCUUACGUGUUCCUGUUACUGAUCCCGAGAACGAAAAGCGGGAUCUUGAUGUCUUCCGACCACUCUUGAGCAACGCAGACGUAAUGAGCAAGGUCCCAGAGAAGGACAAGACUACAAUGGGCGAUUUCCUCGUCGUCCAGACGGCAGGCUACAUACAAGCGCUGCUGAACAAGAUUGCGGCGAUAGUAAAUCCAGCAGUAGAGCAGGCGGAUAUCAAAGUCCUCCAUACGAUUCGGAAUGAUCCCAAAGCGUAUCUUCUGACUGCGCCUCUCGAGAUCACCCCGUUCCCUGCACCAGCCCUCAUUCUGACAGGCCGGCAAGACACGCAUGUCGGUUACAGAGAUAGUCUGCGGCUCCUCGGAUCAUAUCCGAGAGCAACACAUGUUGUGUUGGAUCGAGGAUCGCAUGCUCUGCCUGUGGACGAACCAGAACGAAUACUCUUCGAAGCCCUGGUCAAAGAGUGGUUAAGCCGCGUCCAGGAGUGGGCAUGCCACAGAGACUAAAGUAGUCAUGCUCAAGUAAUUUAGCAGCUAGAAUCAAUUGAGCAUGUAGUUGUGAAGACAGCGCAAACAGAAGUGUCGAAAGCUGCGCGCGAGAUAGUUUAACAUUCAGGCGUUGUCUGAGACUUCGACACUCGAACUCAAGGUAUUAUACACAACGUCAACAAGACUGGGACCAAUCUUUUACAACACG